GAUGUCCAUUGGGUCAGUCGCCUUUCCGGAAGGAUGCAAUUCGCUGCUGGAGAAAUGUGUGCACAUCAUGCACAUGAUCGAUCCGAUUGAAAAAGCAGAUUUGACACUGUUGUUAGGUCAACAAUGGCGAGCUUCCAUUCAAGUUCGAAACAACAUAGUAGGCAACAAUACAGCAUCCAAUACUACUACUAGCGGUAGUAGUAAUAUGGAGGUGCCAAUUGGCCGAGCUGUGCCACCUGAGAAGCCAUUAAGACCUGAUACGCUUGAAUUUGUGCGGCCGGGUUUCGGUGUCAAAGUUGGCAAAGCAGGAUCUCUUUCAAGCAGGAUCGCCAUCUUGCAUGCGUUGGCUAAUGUCGAGCAGUGGGCAAUUGAUACAGCAUUAGACAACAUGGCUCGGUUUGGAUAUUACACACAAGCGACCGCAGGGACCGCACUCAAAGGACAGAUUGAGGAUGAAGAGCAACAAGAGUUUGUGAUGCCGAACAGGUUUUUUGAUGACUUUGUUCAGAUGGCCUGUGAUGAAGCCAAGCAUUUCAAAUGGCUCAAUGAGAGGCUUGAGUGUCAAGGUGCACACUAUGGCGAUCUACCAGUUCAUGCCUCUAUCUGGGACUCUUGCACAGACACAGCGCGUUCCGCUUUGGCACGGAUGGCGGUAGUACAUAUGACGAUUGAAUCCCGAGGCCUGGAUGUGAAUCCAGCGACGAUCGCGCGGUUUGGACGGAGUGGUGAUGAAGAGUCUGCAAAGAUGUUACAAAAAAUCCAUGAAGAUGAAGUGACUCAUGUGCAAAUUGGACAUCGAUGGUUUUGUUAUCUAUUAAAACGACAUGAAGGUGUUGGAGUAGAAGUGAAUGGCGAUAGUGAAGCCUUUGGUGCAGGUACAGGCGCAGGAUCUGGGAACAAUGUUUAUGAUGCAGACGAUGAAUUGUAUGAAUUUAGGCAAGUGACGCCGGCGUAUGCACAAAAGGAAGAUGGGAGUCAAGGCGAAGAGGUUGUGGACCCUACCGAGGCACGGCGUCGAAAGCGGUUCCAGGAAGUUGUGGUUCAGUACUUUAAAGGAUCCCUUAAGCCGCCAUUCAACACCGUGGAUCGUGAGAAGGGUGGAAUGACGAGGGGAUGGUAUGAACCAUUGGUUGUUGUCCGAGAAAGAACAGGGUUUAGACCAGCAGCAGGAAGGCGGUUGCAGAGUAGGAGGGACACCAAUGUUGUCAAUGAGGCAGCUGAAGGGAAGAAGGAGGUAGAGGUUGUUCACGAGAGCAAUGACGGCAGCAGCACGAGUACUGCUUCUAUACCUACGGCUUCUAACCCUGAGGCGGCAGAUUAUGUAGAAACAGGAAUAUAAGAAUGAA